CCCGUGCGGGGCGGCCGGGCGGCAGGUCUCGGGCGGGGAGGACGCCUUGGCCUCAGAUAGGUAUUAAAAUUGGAAGUUUGUAUCAAUUGCCGACUGCUGGAAAUUGUAUGUAAUGGCAACAGAAUUUAUAAAGAGCUGCUGUAGAGGAUGUUUCUAUGGUGAAACAGAAAAGCACAAUUUGUCCACAGAACGAGACUUUAAAGCCGCAGCCUCAGAAUGUCGGAGCAGCACUGUGUGCGCCCCUCCAUUGACUGCUGUUUCGGUAAAGCCCCAGGUCGGCUGUACUGAGGACUAUUUACUUUCCAAAUUACCGUCUGAUGGCAGAGAGGUACCCUUUGUGGUGCCCAAGUUUAAGUUAUCUUAUAUUCAGCCCAGGGUCCAAGGGACUCCUUCACAUCUGGAAGAACUCGAAGGAUCUGCCAGAGCAUCUUUUGGAGAUCGAAAGGUGGAACUUUCCAGUUCAUCCCAGCAUGGAGGCAGCUAUGAUAUAUACAACCCGUGCUAUAGGUAUCAGCACAUUUCACCCGACUUGAGCCGGCGCCUUCCACCACACUCAGAAGCAGCGAGACUCUAUGGAUCAGUUUGUGAUUUAAGGACCGGCAAGCUUCCCAGUUCCCCUGGGCUCAGCAAGUCUAUGUUUGAUCUUACAAGUUCAUCUCAGCGGUUCAUCCAGAGACACGACUCUGUGUCCAGCGUGCCGAGCAGCUCCUCCUCCCGCAAGAACUCCCAGGGGAGUAACCGAAGCCUGGAUACAAUUACUCUGUCAGGAGAUGAAAGAGAUUUUGGGAGACUGAAUGUGAAAGUGUUCUAUAAUUCUUCAGUAGAACAGAUCUGGAUCACAAUUUUACAGUGCAGAGAUUUAAGUUGGCCUUCCAGCUGUGGAGACACCCCUGCUAUUUCUAUAAAAGGAGCACUAACAUUGCCCAAACCAGUGCAUUUCAAAUCUUCAGCAAAGGAAGGCUCUAAUACUAUUGAAUUUAUGGAAACUUUUGUAUUUGCUAUUAAACUACAAAGUCUACAAACCAUAAGGCUUGUAUUUAAGAUUCAGACGCAGACUCCCAGGAAGAAAACCAUUGGAGAAUGCUCACUGUCACUCAGAACUCUCAGCACACAGGAAAUGGAUUAUUCUUUGGACAUAAUGCCACCUUCAAAAAUUUCUGUUUGCCAUGCCGAACUUGAAGUGGGGACUUGUUUUCAAGCAGUAAAUAGCAGAAUUCAGUUACAGAUUCUCGAGGCACAAUACCUUCCAAGCUGCUCAUCACCUCUCACUUUGAGUUUUUUUGUGAAGGUGGCAAUGUUCAGUUCCGGAGAGUUGAUUUAUAAGAAGAAGACACGCUUGCUGAAGGCCUCCAAUGGCAGAGUAAAGUGGGGAGAAACUAUGAUUUUUCCACUUUUACAGAAUGAAAAGGAAAUUCUUUUCCUCAUUAAGCUUUAUAGUCGGAGCUCUGUAAGAAGACGGCACUUUGUGGGGCAGAUUUGGAUAAGUGAAGACAGUAAUAACACUGAAGCUGUCACUCAGUGGAAGGAAACCAUUACAAAUCCAGAGAAGGUGGUUAUCAAGUGGCACAAGUUAAAUCCAUCUUGAAGACAUCACACAUUGAUUUGGUGAAGAACUUGACAUUCUCUUAGAAGACUUAUGAUUUCAAUUUGCUACCAAUGAAAAGAGACAAAUCAGUACAUUUGUCAAUUUAUUUAUGGAGGUCAUAAUUAUAAUCUAUAAUGGAUCUUACAGAAAAUUUGAUUUGAUAAGAAAAUGGGAUGAAUUAUAUCAGAUAUCCAAAGUAAAGGGAAUGUUUUAAAACUAUGCCAAAAUAGACAGUAAAAUAAAAAUUAGUAUUGCUGGCACAACUAAAUAAAUUAUAAAAUCAGUGAGAAUUUCAACCAUAGGUAGUGAUUGCUAAAUUAUUUAUUGUUUUUUUUUAAAGCUUUACCUAGAUAUUCAAAAUCGAGUAAACCAAGUCUCUGUUAGAGCUGUUAGACAUGUAGAAGACUUUACUACUGACUAUUUCAGUGCUAGUCAUUUUGGUUACAUCUUGACUCCACCGCUUACCUCUUACUACGUCUCUUCUCUCAGAAAGCAAGUGUGGAUCAUCGAAUCACUUCAGCUCUUUUGUAUUUGGGGGAAAACUUGUACCCUAUGUUUCUUAUUUCUUACCCAUAAGGCAUCACAUUGCCACUUUAUAAAUUUCUUAAUCUCCAAGAAACUUCAAAUACAGAACGCUGUGUUUUGGCAAGAACAAAUGAAAACACCAGAAGGCUGACGUUUAAUUGGAAAGCUAGUGUGCAUACAUUUUGCUGUGUUUUCCUCCCCCAAAUGUUUUACCCUUUGUUUUAAUUGGAAUUGGAAUAAGAUUAUCAUCCAUAUAGCCCCUCCUAAUUAGCAGAACUAAAUGAGCUUAAUUACCAAGUUCGAUAUUUUAUGAUAAUUAUUCCCUGUGUGUGUGUGUGUGUGUGUGUACACAAACUACUUAUUCUAUCAUCCACAGUGCUAUCUCCCCGUGGUCUUUAAGAAGCCAUGCCCGAUAACGUUACAUAGCACUUAUUUCCUGCCACAGUUUCUUUCAGGUACUCAGUAGAAGUCAGUAUGUGGGCAUAGUUUCGGGUUCAUCAGCUAUACAAAGUAUGGCGGAAAAGAAUAGCUGUUUGGAGAAACGGAUCAUGCCAUCCUCGAUGUUGGAAAGUCUGACUUUAGUUUUGCGAACGAGCAGACCCAGUGCCCUGCGGCCAUGGUCUUCCGCUUUUCUACCUCUCUCACCUGUUCCACACAUGCCAAGAGGUAGACGGUGAUAUCUUAGACCAGAAGAUACUUUGGUAUAGCUUCAGCAUGCUCUCUUCAUUCUAGUUCUUAUGGUCUGUACGUCUCAUUAAGAUUUUCUCAAACCCUUAAUUCCUCUUUUUCUAGGUACCAUCUGCACAAGCUACAAAAUAUACCUAAUGUACACAUCUUUUGCUUCUACUCCCAAGAGUUUAUGUUACACUGGUGGUGUUGACAGGUACUCUCUGACACUGUGCAUUUGGAAAUAAUUUUUUUUCUGAGAUUUCUGAGAUUGAAAUUGAUUGGUCAGUACUCACAUGAACUUUCAAGAGAAAUCACCUUGCCAGUCAGUUUGAGAUAAAUGACUUUAUUUUUUUUAGGGCAGUUUUAGGUUCACAGCAGAACUGAGAGGAAGGUACAAAGAGUUCCCAGGGUAAGGGGUACGUGGGACACACUCCUUGCUCAUCGGCAGCAUAGCCCACCAGAAUGAUACAUCUGCUAAAAUCAGUGAACCUACCUUGACACAGCGUUAUCACACAAAGUCCCUAGAUUUAGGGGCUCAUUGGGGCUCACUCUUGGGGUCAUUCAUUCUGUGAGUUUGACAAGUGCAGGAGGUUGAAUAGUCCCACUGUAGUGUCAUACCGAGUAGCCUCACUGCCUUACAAAUCCUCUGUAGAUGUACCUGUUCUAAUAGCCACCAAGUAAGUAUUUUGGCUUUUAGACAAUAAGUAACAGACUUUAUUGUUUUUUUAAGUCUAGAAUUUAAUUUGAGCAGUUUUUUGUGUUCUAUUAAUGCUUUCAAUUCCAAAAACUUAUUAUAUGUGGUCAUGUAUUUAACUAAAUUUUAAAAUAUUUAAUGUUUAAUGUUUUUGCAAUGUGUAUAUAAUAUAUAAUUUCAGAGACAAUGUGAUUUUUUUUGGGGGGGUUCUUGUAUGACUUAGAAUCAUAGGUAAAUAAAAAAAUAAAAUCUUUUCACUUAAAUGACCUUUCAGUUAGGGUAGUAUUGACACAACUAAGUCCCCAAAUAUUUUAAUUAGUUUUACUUAAUCCUUUUUCUGGUACAAGAGGUACUGAAUACAGAUGAUAUUCUGGUUGCUUCUUUGAAGCUUUACAUGAAAAAUAAAAAGAAACACACUUUUCUGUAGAUAGCUACUCAUGAGAAAAAACAUUAGGAGCUGGUAAUAAAAAAAAAUGAAAUAGUAAGCAAAAAUCACUUGUCUUUGUUUUUACUUGGGUAUUUCUUGACCUUUAGCCACUUAUCACAAGGAGAAGGGAAUCAAAAUAGUGCUCGAUGACCAGAGCAGCCAUGGACGGGCUCACACGGAUAGCUGACAGCUCACACUGCUGAUCCCUAACACUGUGCUUAUUUAUAAGCUUUCAGAUCGAUACAGUUAGGUAGCUGCAGCCCAGGUCAAAAUACACCUCACUAUUCAGCUUUCAUGUGGUUUUGCAUGACUUUUUCUUUUAGCAGACUUCCUAGAGAAAUUAUCAUUGAAGUGUAUCAGUUCCAGCACUUACCAGACCAUUGAGAAGAAACCAGUGGGAUUUUGAACCUAUGUAAUUGUGAUCUGAAAGUAAGCUUAAGUGAACUUCUGCUUGAAUACUGUUAUGUGAAUUUCUCUGAUACUAAUGUACUGAAACCACAUUUCCCAAAUUUCCCCCCAAAUUAUUGUUUGUUUAAUAAAAUACUUGUUUAUUUUUGAAGGA